AUAAUUCGAUGUGGCACUACGUUUUCUUAUACUUGAUACUUUUCACCUUUGAAGUUUGAAGCAGUCACCCACCAGCUACAGAGACUGAUCAUGGCAGCUCGGAGGCUCUCAUCUCUGUUGUCUCGUUCUUUCACUUCCGCUUCUUCCUUUUCUAAAGGGAGGCCUUCUUCUGUAAGUAGAGGAAUUGGUAAAUAUAGCACUGCUGCUGCUGCUGCUGCUGCUGCUGCUGUUGAGGACCCAAUCACUCCAUCUGUUAAAGUAGAUUACACUAAGCUUCUGAUUAAUGGACAGUUUGUAGAUGCAGCGUCGGGAAAAACAUUUCCCACAUUGGACCCUCGGACUGGGGAUGUGAUUGCUCAUGUUGCUGAAGGCGAUGCUGAAGAUGUAAAUCGGGCAGUUGCUGCUGCUAGAAAAGCAUUUGACGAAGGACCAUGGCCAAAGAUGACAGCAUAUGAAAGAUCUCGGGUCCUUUUCCGCUUUGCUGAUUUGAUUGAGAAGCAUAAUGACGAACUAGCGGCACUUGAGUCUUGGGAUAAUGGGAAGACAUUUGAACAAUCUGCUAAAAUUGAGAUACCAAUGCUCGCACGUUUCUUUCGGUAUUAUGGUGGAUAUGCGGAUAAGAUUCAUGGUCUCACUGUUCCAGCCGAUGGACAAUAUCAUGUUCAAACCUUGCAUGAACCUAUAGGUGUUGCAGGUCAGAUUAUUCCAUGGAACUUCCCUCUUCUCAUGUUUGCUUGGAAGGUUGCACCUGCUCUAGCAUGUGGCAACACCAUUCUUCUGAAGACAGCCGAGCAGACACCAUUGUCUGCUCUCUAUGCAGCACAGCUGUUGCAUGAGGCCGGACUGCCUCCAGGUGCUUUGAAUGUAGUUUCUGGUUUUGGUCCAACUGCCGGUGCUGCAGUUGCUAGUCAUAUGGACAUCGAUAAGGUUGCUUUUACUGGAUCAACUGAUACUGGUAAAAUUGUACUUGAACUGGCUGCUAAAAGCAAUCUUAAGACAGUAACUUUGGAGCUUGGUGGCAAAUCUCCAUUUAUUGUAUGUGAGGAUGCUGAUGUAGACAAGGCUGUUGAGUCGGCACAUUCUGCUCUAUUCUUUAAUCAGGGACAAUGUUGCUGUGCUGGUUCUCGUACUUUUGUACAUGAACGUGUAUAUGAUGAGUUUGUAGAGAAAGCAAAGGCACGUGCUGCGAAACGUGUAGUUGGUGAUCCAUUCAAAGGGGGCAUUGAGCAAGGUCCUCAGAUUGAUUCAGCCCAAUUUGAGAAGAUCCUGAAGUACAUAGAUUAUGGUAUUAAAGAUGGAGCGACACUGGAAACAGGAGGAGAACGAUUUGGCUCAAAAGGUUACUAUAUUAAGCCCACUGUAUUCUCAAAUGUGAAGGAUGACAUGCGGAUAGCAACGGAUGAGAUCUUUGGUCCAGUGCAGACCGUCUUGAAAUUCAAGGAACUUGAUGAGGUGAUAAAGAGGGCAAACAAUUCGCGCUAUGGCCUUGCUGCAGGGGUCUUUACACAGAACAUAGAUACUGCAAACACAUUGACACGCGCAUUGCGGGCUGGUAGUGUAUGGAUCAACUGCUAUGAUGUGUUUGAUGCUUCCAUUCCUUUUGGAGGGUACAAGAUGAGCGGAAAUGGAAGAGAAAAGGGCAUUUACGGCCUCAAUAAUUACUUGCAAGUCAAGGCUGUUGUCACGCCCCUCAAAAAUCCAGCAUGGCUGUAGUCUUAAAAGCUUUCCAAAUUGUCAAAAAUAAAGAGACAAGUAGAGAACCGAAGCUUGAAUUUUAAUGAUGAUGAUGAUGAUGACCUUGCUCCUGUGUAAUGAACUAGCUCAAUUUAUUUAUGUCUGAUUAAUGGUUUAGUGAA